GGCGUGGGCUUGAGGUUCCUAGGCGCGGCUUUGGGGUCCGAUCCUGGGCAGGGGGACACUGGGGUCGGUUCGCAAGGACAGGGGAAGGCGCGUGGAGGGAGAGUCAAAGGUCAGGGGCCGGCGCCCAACUCAUUGAGGCCCCUUCGCUGUGGGGAGACACCGUCAGUUGGUGGGGACUCCAUAGGGACCUGGGGGACAUCCGAGAGGGGUGUGACCUCCCGUUCCUGAGCCCCACGAAGCCUCUUGCUGCACCAACAGGGCUACGGGGAGCCAGGUCGAGUCCUGCAAUCAUCCCGUCCAACUUCUUGCCCUCAUUCAGGGUUGGGUCUCGGAAGCGUUUUGCUCACCCCACCCCUCUGGCAACUGCUUCUGCCCCCUCGGGCCACCUGGGGUUAAUAAGCGGAGGAGCUGCCUGAUCCUGACCUCUAUAUCAGCACUUAUUAGAAUGGAGUCCACGUUGGUCGCGAACCUGCAACACCGAGGAGGAAGGUGGAAACAACACACGUGCAAAAAUCUCCCAGGGUCUGUCACCGUUGGAAGAGGCUGGUGAACGACCGGUGGCUGUGGCGACACGUCGACCUGACACUCUACAAGAUGCGGCCUAAAGUCAUGUGGCACCUCCUUCGUAGAUACAUGGCAUCCCGACUCCAUUCCCUGCGGCUGGGCGGCUUCCUGCUCUCAGGCUCCCAGGCCCCGCAGCUGUCCCCAGCCCUGAUGAGGGCCCUGGGCCAGAAGUGCCCCAACCUGAAGCGCCUCUGCCUGCACGUGGCCGAUCUGAGCACGGUGCCCAUCUCCAGCCUGCCCUCCACCCUGAAGAUUCUGGAGCUGCACAGCUGUGAGAUUUCCAUGGCCUGGCUCCUCAAGGGGCAGGACCCCACUGUGCUGCCCCAGCUUGAGUGCAUCGUGCUGGACCGCGUCCCCGCCUUCCGGGACGAGCACCUGCAGGGCCUGACGCGCUUCCGUGCCCUGCGAUCGCUGGUGCUGGGCGGCACCUACCGAGUGACCGAGACAGGGCUGGAUGCGAGCCUGCAGGAGCUGACCUACCUGCAGAGGCUGGAGGUGCUGGGCUGCACCCUAUCAGCCGACAGCAUCCUCCGGGCCAUCAGCCGCCACCUCCGAGACGUGCGGAAGAUCCGGCUAACUGUGAGGGGGCUCUCUGCCACCGGCCUGUCAGUCCUGGAGGGAAUGCCGGCCCUGGAGAACCUGUGCCUUCUGGGCCCACUCAUCACCCCAGAAAUGCCUUCCCCAGCGGAAAUCGUCUCCUCCUGCCUUACCAUGCCCAAGCUCAAGGUCCUUGAGCUGCAGGGGCUGGGGUGGGAGGGGCAGGAGGCUGAGAGGACCCUGUGUAAGGGGCUGCCCCACUGUCUGGUCAUCGUCAGGGCCUGCCCCAAAGAGUCCAUGGACUGGUGGAUGUGACUGCACCGCCGGUUCCUGAGACCCAUUUGAGUUUUCAUUCAUGAGCCCCUGGCCCUCUGAGCAGCACCUUGCAGGGGGCAGGUACUUAGGUUGGACAGGCCUGAAGGCCCCAGGUAGAGAACUGAGGCCUUGGUGCCUCCAGACGGAGCUGUUUGCCAGUUGUGUGGCCUCGUUGUGUUGCCAGUUGUGUAACAUCCGCCAGCCUCUUGGAGGCCUGGUCCCCACAUCUGGAGAUGGAGAGGACCACAGCUACCUCAUGGUUAUGUUGCAAAGCCUUACACGUUAUCAGCCCCAAGCCUGAGGAGGUCCUCAAUGAAGGGUCGUUCUCAGGGCCAUCCUCAGGAACAGGAUAGAUGCAGAAGGGUGUGUUUAGGAGUUAGAGGAAGCUGAGGGGUCGGGGCCCCUUAGGAAGCCUGGAAGGACUGUCCACAGGGGCACCCACAAACCUACACACCACUGAUAGACCUGCGUGCAUGGUGGAAACAGAAAGCACAGGUGUGAUUCGUCUCUCAUGAUCAACAUGUUAAUAAAGGUUCUAAAUUGUA